AAAUGAUCGGUUCGAAUUUGAAUAAUAUAAUUAUUUUUUUUAAAAAAGAGUUUGGAAUUGGAAUUGGAUUCACUAACCUUGGCAAUUGAACCACGAACUUGAAAAUAUUCGGUUAAAUUUGAUGUUUUGGCUUUCAACUUUUCAAGCUCCGUCUCAAAUUUUAUUCAUUGGAAUUCCAGGUGAUGGGAGAUGUUUGUUCCGCUCGGUAAUUCUUGGCGCUUGGUUGAGGUCGGGGAAGCAAUCUCCAACUGAGAGAUCUCAAAAAGUUCUUGCAGAUGAGCUUAGAUCUAAAGUUGCAGAUGAAUUCAUCAAGAGGCGGGCAGACACUGAAUGGUUCGUGGAGGGUGAUUUCGAUAACUAUGUAGUGCAAAUGCGGAAGCCUCAUAUUUGGGGAGGAGAGCCUGAGCUGCUCAUGUGCUCACAUGUGCUCAAGACCGCCAUAACAGUUUACAUGAAGGAGAAGAAAUCUGCAAGUCUCAAAAUUGUAUCAGAGUAUGGUCAAGAGUAUGGUAAGGAAAACCCCAUCAGAGUCCUCUAUCAUGGUUAUGGACAUUAUGAUGUAUUAAGGAGUCCAGUAAGUAGUGCCUCUUCUAAACACAGGUGGAAGAAAAGAUGACCAAGGGUAAAUGCAGAGUCAAACUGGUGCCGUAGGAACUUUACUGUAAAUGCCUUUGUGAUGAUAUAUGUUAUAGAGUUAUAGGAAGCUUCCGCUCAUGCAUUCGAAAUUAUCUUGUGUAUAUCUUUAACUUGAAUAACUUGGUUGUACAUCAAAGUGGUUUAGAUCAAUGAAUCUAGACCCUCCAAAUAACUUGGAUGUAUAUCUUUAACUGGAUUUUUUUUUUGUCUCUGUAAGCUUGUAACUUAACUAUGUCUCACCAAUUUUACGUGUUGCGUUUAUGGUC